CAAGUCUACUGUAAAACAAUUUCCUAUUCAUAGGGGAGAAUAAUUAUGAAAUAUCUGUCAUGAAAGUUCAAAAAAAAACUUUCAUGAAUGGUAGAACAUAGUUUUUCAGUAUUUAGAGUGUAGUGACUUUUUGUCCGUUCUAUGUUACUUCUAUGGAAUAUUGCAUCGCUAUCUGUAGAAUGCUCUGAUGUUACUGCCUUCUUCUGGAGCGGCACUACCCGUGCUGUGAUGGCGAGGAAACCCCGUUGACAAGGCACUGCUUUUUCAUGACGCAAAUAAAAGGUGGUGGUUAAUGAAUGAUUCCAUGCUCGCUGUCAGAAAGCUGUGUCAUGGAUGAUGAGGACGAUCGCCGUCUUCUGGAUAUUAUAGGGGAUGUGCAGGCGUUGAAUGACUACCUCCACGGCUCCACCAACAAGUCUAUUGAGGAGGAUGACGUGACGAACGCAGCUUACGGCUCUGCCGGAACCUUCUUCACCAGUAACACUGCUGGCUCUAACUCCGGCCUCAAAGAUGAAGAGUUUGAGGAUUCAGCAGGGGUGGGCCUCCAGCUUUCCAGUAGCCUAUCGUUCAUUGAGGAUGAGCUGGGGGGAGAAGCUUCUCCAGGAGGAAUGGAUCUUGGCGGAGGAGAGGACCAGCCCUUUGACAUCCUGCAGAAGUCUCUCAUGGAGGCAGACAUUACUGAACAGACUCUGGAACAGGAGGCCAUGCUAGACUCCCAACCACCUCCCCCUCCUCUCCCCUCGGCCCCCUCCCCAUUCCCCCCCCAGCUGGUCUCGGGGGGGUACGGCAGCGGGGUCACCACAUCGACUGCAGCUUUUCCCAGUGGUCAGUUCCUCCAGGGCGUGUCCCAGCUGCCUAAUGGCCAGGCAGGGGGGCACAUCCAGGUGUUGGGGUCCUUUGGCGGGGGAGGGGUCCAGCAGAUCCUCCUCCGGCAGGGUGGUGGGGUAGGGGGGGCGGUGGGGGGAGUAGCAGCAGGGGGGCAGGUGUUUGCCACUCCCUCCCCAGUGGGCCAGGUGAACCAGGUAGGCUUGCCCUUUAAGAACAUCCCCCUGCAGAAUAUCAUCAUCCAGAGAGGACCUGGGGGCGCCCAGGCCCUGGUCAGACCUAUCCAGCCCAAACCCCUUCAAGCUGGGGCUCAGACUGUCUAUAGCCUGGGACUCCAGACCACAACCACCACCAUGGUUAACACCGCGGCCCAGGGACACUACACAGCUAACGGCUCCAUCCUGGUCCACUCUCCCUUGGGGCAGCAGAACCAGGGACAGCAAGGCCAGGCCAACCUGCCCCCAGGGCAGUACCUGGUCCACCACAAUGGGCCCUCAGACCCAUCCCAAUCAACCCUGCUAGCCAAUCAGAACACAGUACAGCUCGUCGCCGGGCAGAACUUCACGGCGACGGCGGGAGGUCAGCUGAUCCAGGUGGGAGGCAGCCAGGUGGGAGUAGGAGGAGCCAUGACCCAAACAUGGCAGAAUUUUCCUGGUACGAACCCUGCCCCAGUACAGGCGGCAUCAAACCAGGGGCGUCUGACGCUGGUUGGAACGGCGACUGGGGUUCAAGGGCAGGUGUCGGGCAGCCCAGUGCAGCGCCUCGUACUGUCUCAGACUCAGAACAGCAGCUCCCUCUCCCCCCUGUCUCUCUCUGGUACUGGUACUGCCUCACAUGAACAGGAGUACACACAGGACAAGCAGGCUCAGACACAUCUCGUCAACCUCCUUGGAAACAAAGCUGUGAAAACAAUGACCUACAUCAGCCAAGACGCCCCGCUAAACACACAGGUCAGUGCUCAGAAGAGGCCGGCCCCUCAGCAGCUCACCAGAGGAGGAAUGAUGCUACAGCAGUUGAGGAUGGAUCAUUCGGGGGUUCUGUCACCUGACAUCGCCCGCUUCACCUCAUUGGAUGACGCACUGCACAGACUCCUCCCCUACCACGUGUUCCAUGGAGCUCCGCCCAACAGGGAAGAGUUUUCCCAAGUGGAUGAUGAGUUUGAGUCGAUGGCGACUCAGGUAUUGAAAAGGACCCAGGUCAUGAUCAACAAAUACAGACGACUGCUGAUGGUGGAGGCUGAGCGCUCCAGUCCCUCCUCAGAGAUGGUGAUGAUUGACAGGACCUUCAACCAAGAGGAGCGCCAGAACCUGACACAAGACAAACGUAUGAUACUGGUGGACCCAGAUGGCUUCUUGGAAGAUUUCUGCUGUGGGGUGAAGACAUCUCCCCUCUCUCUACCCUGCCUCUCCUUGGACCCUCUCUCCACCCCCUCGUCCAGCCACGGCGGUAGACAGACAGGGAGGGGUGCGACCACAGACCCCCCUUACAGGACAGACCCCCAGUCGGGCUAUGGAGACCCGGGGGGAGGAGGGAGAGGAGGAAUAGACUCUUUUAAGAGUAUCAUGGACCUGAGGAGGACUCAACAUAGCAACUAUGGAAACAAAGCUGCCUCUAGCAACCACAGCAACUAUCACCAUGGCAAUGUGGCUGCUACUGCCACAGUCGCGAUGUCGACAGAGCCGGUACAGACUCAGUUCCUGUCUCACCUGUCCUCCUCUCACCCCCAGACCCCCCUGCCCCUCCCUCCCACCCUGCCCGACACAGACUCGGUUCUAGAGGCAGCUGUGAACAGCAUUCUAGAAUGUUAGACAGACAGAUUUGACAGACGGACGUGCCACCAUUCCAUCUCUCUCAUCCCCCUCCAUCCUUUGCCCCGCCGGCUCAUUCUUGGGGCUACAUGUUUUUUAUUGUUUCUUUUCUUAUUUUGCUCUCCCAUUGUCAGUCCUUUUCAACCAGCUCUGAGUUAGUUACAGUCAUAGAAAUAUAAUCUAGAUAUAUGGUUACAGUACUAUGGUUACUAUGGUUACUGUAGGACAACCAGGGGUCAUGACCUGUGUUACAUCAUGUCCUGUUGGGUGUGAGCCGGAAGAAGAUAUCAACCCCCUGAACCCCAACUUUAGCCACGUGCAAUUAUGCUGAAGUUUAGGGAGGAAGAAUAUGAUGAUGAUGAUGAUUCUGUGCCUGAGAAAUUCUAUGUUGUCCUUCAAAUGUUUACAUGAAGAAGCCUUGUAAGAAAUGUCCUUUAAUUUUUGCACCUGACAUUACACAUCUUCACACACUGAGUAUACCAAACAUUAGGAACACCCCCCCCCCCCCCCCCCUCCCCCAUGAUAACAGCCUCAAUUCGUCAGGGGAAUGACUCUAUAAGGUGUCGAAAGCGUUCCACAGGGAUGCUGGCCCAUGUUGACUCUAAUGCUUCCCACAGUUGUCAAGUUGACUGGGAUGACCUUUGGGUGGUGGAACAUUCUUGAUAUACACAGGAAACUGUUGAGUGUGAAAAAUCCAGCAGCGUUGCAGUAUUUGACAAAGACCGGUGUGCCUGGCACAUACAACCAUACCUCGUUCACAGGCACUUACAUUUUUGGUCUUCUGAAUGGCAUACAUUCACAGUCCAUGUCUCAAGGCUUAAAAAUACUUCUCCCCUUCAUCUACACUGAUUGAAGUGGAUUUAACAACCGACAUCAAUAAGGGAUCAUAGUUUUCACCUGGAUUCACCUGGUCAGUCUUAUGGAAUGGAAAGAGCAGGUGUUCUUAAUGUAUUGUAUACUCAGUGUAUGAUACCAUAGUCAUUUGAUGGAUUUGACAACUACCAGAAAUAUAUUGUUAUUUUUCUGUUCUAUACUUCAGUUUUCAUAGUCAAGCCAGAGAGACUCACUCACACGCUGAGUGUCUUAACUACUAAAGCAGCUUUUGGUUUUCUGUCAGUUUUUGAAAUGUAUCUUUGACAUUUUUCUUAUGUACCUUAAAGGUAUGUGAUGCCCCUCCGCGCGCACACACACACAUUUUGUUCUUCUAUCCUCGUGGGGACCUAAAAUUAAUUUCCAUUCAAAAUCCUAUUUGACCUAACCUUAACCCCUAAACACUUAUUGUGUUCGGGUUCUGCGCAUGUGACAAAGUUUGAUUUGAACUCCUAACUCCUAAACCUAAUUGUAACCAUAACCCUAAACCUAACCCCUAAGCUUAAAAUAGCCUUUGUCCUCAUGUACCCAUGUAUCCUCAUGUACCCAAGGGAUAAAACAUUAUUAUUUUUUUACUAUCCUUGUGGGGACUUUUGGGGGUUUUAGGUUCCCACAAGGAUAGAAAAACCGACCCACACAUCAAACACACACAUUUUGUUCUAUCUUCAUGGGGACCUAAAAUUAAUUUCCAUUCAAAAUCCUAUUUUUCCUGACCUUAACCUGGAACCCAAACCCUGAACCUAAUCCCUUACCCAAACCCUAAUUGUAAGCAUAACCCUAAACCUAACCUCUAAGCUUAAAAUAGCAUUUGUCCUCAUGGGGAUGUGGGAAAUGUCCCCACGAGGGGAGAAUUUUUCUUGUUUUACUAUCCUUGUCCCCACAAGUAUAGAAGAACCAAGACACACACACACACACACACACACACACACACGUGUAUUGGUGUUGGGGGGAGCUAACUCCUCAGAUUGAGGGAAAAAUGUUACGACAUGUUUAUCUUUUUUUAUAUAGAUUAGAUUUAGUUAAUUUAAAAAAAUGAAACAUCACUAUUAUUUGUGUUGUUAGUGAUGUGUGUCCCAGCGAUGUCAACACGCAACCAUGGCAAUGUCUUACUGUCAUGUGAUACAAUGACCCUGGAAGGUCAUGGAUUGUAUAUGUAUGUCCACUCUUUGUGAACGUGUGCUGGUGUGUUCGUAUGUUUGUGUGUUCACUCACCCCGGAUGAAUGUUACUCGUUCCCUAGCACACUUAGUUUCCCCUCCUCCACUCUAUCCUUCUCUCCCUCCCCACAGUUAAGAGAUGAGAGACAAGUGUAUGUAAACUCUGCUUUUAAACUGACUGAAGGAACAGACUGAAGGCCUUAGAUAGAAAGUGUCUUGUGUCUGAGUGAGUAAGGGCUUGAAUGGUCGUGUUCUCCUGCUCAAACGUCGCAUACAUCAACCAAUGGUUGCGUGCCACGUCCUUGACUGUGCCGUGGCGUCGGGCACCAGAUUGCUAGAACAUAUGUGGCACGUCUAUCCUAUCCAGGUGUUGUAAGGUCUUCAUGUGCCAGCAGUGUCUGAGCAGAGGAACACAACCACUGGGUGUGGCCUUCUCAGCCCUGGUCCUGAGGACCCCUGUGUCUGCUGGUCGACACACUAUUCCCCAUAUAUUUUUACCCAGAGCCUAUGUAACUCACCCCAUGUGACUCAAAAGUAGUGGACUAUAUGGGAAGUAAUUUCACACAGGAGUGUCUUGAGGGGUUAAGGUACUAGGCUAUGCCCUUUCUGCCAAGGAGAGCAAUACAUUUCUACUUUCUUGACCCGUUUUCACUGUUGACUUUCUUUUUGUCUGUCUCACUAUCUACAUGAUUUGUAUAGGGGCUUUUUUGGUAUAAAAAAUGAAAACGUGAAACACAAAAUAUUUAUAAUUUUUUGUAAGGAAAACCCCAGAGGAAAAACACGAGAAAAAUGAAGUUCUUUUUUAUUCUGUUGGCAUUGAAGUGUUCCAAGAGAAAUUGUUACAAAAUACUGUCAGUUGUUCAUUUCUAGUUUGUGUGUUUACUACAACAGCAACAAUAGGUCAAUAAUAAAUUCAUUUUGAAUACAAUCAUAAA